AUGAAACACCACUCACAAGAGUUAUUCGAACUCUGCACGGACACAAAGUCUAUACCACGCCGACGUGCCCGAAGUGUUAGUCCUUCUGCAGCCCGAACAAAUCAACGCCGUGGUCUAGAUCAAUCCUCCAAUUCCCUACGUCCCAAAUCUGGCGGUGGAGAUGAGUUAUGGGACCCAUGGCCGGACGGUGACUUUGAAAGGUUAUUAACAUGGGAGGAGGUAUUAAGAACUGACAAUCUUAGCGAACAUUGGGCUUGUCAGCCAGGAGGAGGAGACAAGAGGGGGUCAGAGUCAGCACUUGCGUGGUCGCAAGGUAAAAAGACGAGACGUGUUUGCCUGGGUGUCAUUACUUGUGAUGAACCUACCUGUGAGGUAGUCACACGUCCGCAGACCCGCCGGGCUGGUAUCAUGGGACAACUCAAUGCAUCGUGCCUUUGUGGUAGUCAGCUCAAGCACAUCGACUGCGGUGUCACAUCAGUGUUGUAUUCAUUCAAAGGAGGCGUCUACUACAUUCACAAGGGCAUUCACCACCAUCCGAAACAAACUCACAUCUUGCAUCUAUCUCGUGACGAGCGGACAAGAUUUGAACAAAUAGUCUUCGAAAAUCCUGCUGCUGGCCCUGCGGCAUUAAUUGCUGGUCGCAACAGCAUUACUGGUACCCGUGAAUCUGUUUCAACGAUCUCCACAGUGCUUCUCAACCAGGACCGUGUCAAGGCCGAGCUGCAAGCACUACGGGGCAAGUCCACUCGAAACUUUGUUGAUGACUUCGCCGAAUUCCAGAAGAACCAUCCAGGAUAUGUUUUGUAUUCUCAAUUCGAAGCAGUCACUGUCGUUGUUGUUCAAACUCAAUUCAUGGUGUCACAACUGGUGACCGACUUCAUCGAGGACGAGGCUGUGAAUGGCAUUGUUUCGGAUGCAGCACAUGGGUUUUGGUACUCAUCUAAGGAUCUUCUCAUAAUUAGUUCGACAUAUUCUGCUUUGCUCGCAUGCUGGGUACCUGGACUCAUGACCUAUGCAAAUGGAGGUUCAGCCGAGCACUACCGAUUACAUUUUCUUGUCCUUUUCAAUUCCAUGGCAGAUGAAUGCGAGAAGCACGGGCGUGAAGUUGUCGACUUCAGCGAGGCUGAACGAGUUGGGUUUACUCAAGCGUUCAUUAUGUUCUGGACCAAUCGUGAGGAUUCACGUGUAUACGAGGAAGGUUGUCGGGUCUUUCUAGUCAGUCGACAAAAGGUUUGCGAAAACUCCGACCUCUACGCGGCUUCGCUACACAGGCAGUAA